AUGCGCGACGCCGCGGAGCGAAGACACUCUUCUGUCGAGCUGCAGCGUCCGCAGUCGCAGCAGCGGCAGCCAGAGGAGCACCAUCACCAGCAGCAUGAGGAUGCUGCGCACAAUCAACGGCAUGGAAGCCGCACGACCUCCGGCGGCGGCGCCGCCCUCGAAGAGGCAGCAUCGUUUCAGGCACGUCCGCUCGCUAGGACGCCCCCACAGCAUCCCGGUUUUGUAGAGACCUUUGGCGGCAUGCCUGCCGCACUGGUGCUGUCACGGAGCAUACGCAACCAGGCGCACGCCCGUGAUAUGGGUGGCCUUUCCUGUGUGGCCAGCGCACGCAGCGCCGCCGACAAGGACGAGUCCGCCACGCUGGAGGUACCGCAAAGCCUCUGUCGACACACCGCCGCCUUCCCGACCCACCAUCUCUCAACCGGCACUCCGUGCUCCUCGCACGCCACCGCGUCCACCGCCGAACUGGAGAUGCCCAUGCAAUUCGAGUCGCUGUGGGGCGACAUUGACCGCUACCUCUUCGCGGUUUACACCACUCUUCAGACGGGCGACGAGAUGUCGCUGCGGCCUUUGCGGACGCCGAAACACCGGAUGGGCUGGUACACCGUCAUCUACAACGCUUGUAGCGGCGACCCCACCAAAUCGCGUGAGCUUUACGCACGCCUCGCGCUCCUUCUGCUGCACAUCCUCGAGUCCCACGUCCUCUUCCCCGUUCUGCAGAAUGUGGACCACAGCCGCGUGCACUUUCUUACAGGCGCGGAGGACAGCCGAGGCGCGUGCGGCAGCGGAAGCGAUCAGCGGGGGGGUCAAAGCAGCCGCAGUGCCCCAACCGGAAGCGGUAUCGAUGGCUGCAGCAGCGGCGGCUGGAGUCGUUUCAAGAGCAUCGCGAUAGCCGCCACCAGUGGGUCCGUGCACAGGUCACCUUUGAAGGAAACAAGCCGCAACUCGUCCUUUACGUGGUCUUCUCGCGGCUACCGCAACAGCGACGGCUCACUUGCGCUUAUGAAGCGUCUGUUCCACCCCUCGCCGCACCCGACCGCGACAACCACAGCGGCGCGAGCGUCCCCAGUCGGCGGGGGCGGUGUCAAAGCCGACGAGGAGGAAGACGGUGCAGGGCAGCCUCCGCAGUCGCCAAAAGCACCGGCCCCGGUGAACGGCGACUCCAUGGCGAGCAGCGGCGUUGGCAGCCGCGGCACAAGCUGGUUUGCGCAGCAGGGCAGCGGUGGUUCCGUCGCAGUGCCGAAAUCGCCCGCAGCGGCCAACGAGUUUCAGACUGCAUUUGCUGGCUUCGACAGCACCGUGCAUCGCUCGCCGGAGAACCGUGUUUCCUUGAAGCUUCCACGUCAGCAGCAGCGGACCACCGGCUUUUCGAUCGUUACCAGCACGCAGUCCAGACCCACCACGAGCCCACCGCGGUCCCCAGCGAUACGGAUGCACACGCCGCGCACCCCGUCGUCCGUGACGAGUCUCCACGUCACCCAGCACGCAGGCAGCGCCCCGACCGAGUCUGGCCGCUCAACGCUCACGGCACGCUCACCCACCUCCAUCGGCGGAAGAGCGCUGCCGCCGGCGACGCACAGCGCCGUCUCCCCUCACCACGCCCGCGUCGCCUCAAAGACGGGGCGGGUGGUGGUUGAAGACGACGAGGAGGUUCUGUACGCAGUCGACACCGUCCCCGCCGCGGCGCGGCACUCACUGCGGCGACGUCAGCACCGGGGCAGCAGCAGCGACAGCAACUCUGUAGCCGCGCCUGUGUCCUUCAACGACACGGAAGAGGGCAGCGCCGGAUUGCGCGCGGGCGCUGACAAUGACGACGACGACGACUCGCUGCACACCAUGAACUCCUUCUCUUCCGAGAGCGUCGGCCGUGAAAGCCGAGCCCGCCUUGGCAAAUGCGCUGGCGAAGGCGCUACCGCCACCGCCGCGCGCGAGGACGCUCGUGGCCGCGAUGCAGCUCGCGCUGGAGAACCUCCUCGCACCGACCACUCCGAUGAGGGCGGCACGGCGGAGCCGCCGGCGAGCAGGUCUUCGCCUUUCACGACAACUCUGUCAUCCAUCAACGACGCGCUUUCUCCGCUCCUCGCUCCAGAGGCGCCCGCAACGAUGCGCAGCACAGGCACCAACGCCCCUCCCUCCCUGCUGCGGGCCACUGCAGCCGUCGACGCCUCUAUACGCUGUACAUCGUCCCCUGACGCGAAAACGGUGAGUGAAACCUCGGUGACCGCCACCGGCUACAGCGCGCGUGAGGCCUCUUCAUCGUCACCAAGCGCUACGGUGGCCCUUGCCCCACCUGCGGCCAGCGUGACCACGAGCACCGGGACAACCUCGCCCGCCACUCCAGCUUACUCCGCCGCGGAGACGGCGUCAUCUGUUGCGCGCACCGCCAGCACCGCCCGCCCAGAUGAGCGCCGCUUCAGUCUCUGCUACACGUUCCUGCAGGAGUGGCAUACGUUCGUGGUCUUCCGCAGCGUCGUGCUCUCGUGCUUCCGCUAUCUCGACCAGUACUAUACCCGUCGCUUCGGCAUGGACACGAUCACACUCAUGUGCUUCAAAGUGUUCUACGUUGUCGUCUACGAACCCCUUCGGCCGCUGCUGGUGAUCGAGCUGUGCUACCUGAUGCAGUACGUGCGCGAGGUUUUCGAGACGACGGGACAGGUUGCACGGGAGCAGCUAAGGCUCAUCCAAGAGACGUACAGCGUCGUCACGGAGUUGCUCCUUAUCGUGCAGUCCACCUCGUCCUCCAUGGUUGCCCAACAGCAACAGCAGCCGCAGGCGGGGUCGGGUGUCAGCGGCGGUGGUGGUGCGACGGCAGCGGCGGCCAGCGCAGCAACAGCGUCCACAGCGGGCAGCAGUAAUGCCACGAACGGCCCACCAAGCGUCGUGGCCCCUUCUGCUGCAGGCUUGUCAUCGAUGGUGGGCGCGUUCAGCGCCGCCGAAGCGGCGGUGGCGGAGACGCCCGUGAGAAGUCACGCCAGCAGUCGCGCUCGCAGCACCAGCGUCCACAACCUGAGCACAGCGAGCAGUGCGGUUAGCACACCGCAUGUGAGUGCGCUCGACCGGCACAACAGCAGCAGCACCGUCGCGGCGCCCUCACCGGCCGCCGCUGACGGGGAGCAGUCCGGCGCGCAUCCGCAGGUUAGCCGACGACGUCGUUUGAUUUCUCUCUUCACCAGUGGGCGCCUUGGCGAUGGCGUCAAAGGCGGCGGCGGCAACAGCGCCCGCGACCAGCGUGCCACCUCGCGGGCAAGCUCCACUCCGGCGAGUCCGUGGGUGGGUCUGGCGUCAUCGACCUCGUCUGCGGCACGACUCCCCUCUACCUUUGAAGGCACGCCGCGGCCGCCAGCCGGUCGUGGCGGCGACAGUGGUAGGCUAUCGGCUAGAGAUGAAGCGGAGGGCUGCAGCGACAAGCAGCAGGGGGGCGCGGCGAAGGCUGACUACAUCUCAGCGCCUGCAGUGGUGGUGGACCUCCGCGGCACGGUGGAACUGCGCGAUCGCCUCGAAGGUCAUACGACUGCCCAUCACCUGACCACGCAGGCGCUGAAGCGAUGGGAAGGCAUGUCCGCUGACCGUCGGCUGCGCCUCGGCACCAUCGUCAAGGAGAUCGCGAAGCCGCUGUCAACGAUUGUAAUGGAGGACGUGGGCAACGAGUACGUCGCCGGCAUCUAUGCCUUCUACCGGUACACGCGCGACGCGCGCCGCAGCACCGAAGAAGGCCGGCGCGGCUACGUGAGUUGGGCAGGUGAUGUGAAGGAACUGGAGAAGCUUGUGUGGCGGCGGGUGCAACUGCCUUUCCUGCAGGCCUCGCUGCGAUCUGCACUGAAUGAGGUGCUGGUUGUGGAGCCGCACCGCAGCAUUCUGCUGGAUACCCGCUUUGGGUUGCGUGCGCUGCUAGACACGUGGAGCGCAAGCGUGGAGUCAGCAGACCUUAGCUUGGCCCCGCCGAUGUCGGCUGCCGCGGCGAGGCCUGGUGAUGCAGCGACGCAAGCGGACGGCAGCAGUACCACCGCAGUCGCCGCCUUCCACCGACGAACCGGCAGCACGAUGACGUCGACAUCGCUCGGAGGCGGCUUGGGCGAGGCCGACCCGCUGGCGAGGAGCGGCGUGCAGCGUGGCGGCGGCAAGUAUCCGGAGUCGCUGAUAUUGUUUGGGGUGCACGGCAGCCAUCCGACCCACCCCUUAUCCUUCCCGCAUCAGCGCACCCCCCGCUCCUUUCCCUUCGAUGGUGGCGAGCGGGACGAGGUGGUGUCGCAGACAUCAUGCUCAGUUUUCUCCGGAGAGAAGGAGAAGGAGAAGGACGACGGGCGACACGGCAGCAGUGGUGGUGACGUUGUGAGCGCGGUGCGGUGGACCACAGCGGGGAGCAACGACAGCCACAGCACAGUCAUCACGGUCGCCCCCGCCAUCGACCCCAGUAGCAACGACCGCCUCAUGGAGCAUGCGGGGGCGUGGACAGGCACGAGGCGUGGAGAAGGAAAACCGUCGACGGUGGCUACGGCGUCCACGCCGCGUUUCACGAGCAGGGGGGAUAGCAGCACCUGUGUCCCACCAAUGGAACCCGCGACGCACGCUGCCCUUGCGCCUCACUAUAGACUUGGCGAGCAGGCCUCCCUGUCCUCAGGAACCGCCGCCGCUGCGGAGACCGGCAGGACCGUCUCCGGCGAGGCCGAGGGCGAUUCGGCGUCUGCCUGGGCCGCACUCAAGUCGCUCUAUGGUCUCUUCGACGACGUUACCGAGGACGAGUGCUUCCUGCUGAUAGCCGCCAUCCUCAUCACAAAACUGAUUCGCGAUGCGGCGGACAUCAUUGAGCGCUAUCUGCGCGCCAUGAGCAGCCCGGCCUCAGCAACGCCGUCGCAGCCGCACCCGCAAGCGCCCGGGAUCCACUUGAUGGCAAGCUUGGUCGGGCUUGUAGAGCGCUACACGGACCUUGUCGAGGGCGUCUUCCGCAACCACGCGACUGUGCUCCGUGCGUUGUCAAACGCGAUAGAGGAGUUGAUGUGUCCCUUUCGCUGGACUCGGAAGGGCGCGCUGCAGGCGUCUCAGCAACGCGCUCAGGAAGCGCUCACAGCGGCGGCAUCAGCAACACCCGGGGCCUAUGGCCGUUCGUGGAGCGAGGUAUUAUCGAGCACCGGCGCGGAUCUGCCGAGUGUGCUGCUCAGUCGAGACGCACGGCAGGCCACCCUGCCGCUCGUCUCGCUUGCGGCGAACUACCCGCAAGCGGUACAGCAGUUGAAGUUUUCGGUGCUGAUUGCUCGAUACACAGACGUCCUCCUGCAGCAGGAGCGCGGUGGUGGUCGAGUGUUGAGCGGCAACCUCCACAAGCGACUCCGCCUCGUUGCGCGACUGGUGUCCCUGCUCGAGGACAAGGACACGUUCCUCGAGCAUCACCGGCUGUGCUUGGCGCGGCGCUUGCUCGGUUAUGCGAGUGGUCCGGCGGCACCGCAGUCAGAAGCGGCAUUGGCGGUCGUGGGCGGAAACGCAAAGCAGCCGUUGGCAGUCGGUCGUGCCUCCCAGGGCUCUUCCGCGUCGGCCUCGCUGAACUUGGAGGCAGAGCGCCAGCUCGUGAGCUUCCUUCAGUCGUACCUUGGCGUCACGGCCACACAUGCGUUUGAGGCGAUGCUGCGCGACUACGAGGGGGCAGAGCGUACGCGCGACCUCUUCGAGCAGGAGGCAGCCUAUCUGGAGCUCCUCACGAAGAUACGGGUGCAGCUGAUCACCUCCGCCCAGUGGCCGACCUACGCUAUGCCUCCCCUGCAGGUGCACGCCUCGCUGCAGCGCGGUAUGGAAGUGUUCCGGGCCUACUAUGCCCGCCAGCAUCCCUCGCGCACUCUGCUGUGGGUCUUCAGCCUUGGCAGCGCCACCCUCAUCGCCGAGUUCGUCUCUGGCACGAAGCAGGUGGCCGCGAGCACGCUCUUGGCAACGCUGCUCUUAGUGGUGAGCGACGCCUACAACGCAGAGGCGUCAGAUGCGGCGCAAGCCGGCGCGCUCACGGGGGCCCAGCUAGCGCGCACACUCGGACUGCCCUUUCACGCUCUGCGCGCCCACCUGCAGUUGCUGACGCAGCAUCGAGCGUUUAACCUCCUGCGGUGGAUUCCAGCGAACAGCAGCGGCGGCGGCACCGGAGCAGCGGCCGCGACAGCGUCCAUCACGGAGAACGACUCUUUCUCGCUGAAUCCGUGCUAUGCGCACAAGCUGCGUAAAAUACGCCUGCCGCUGCCCAAGGCGCGCCCUACCGGCCUACCGUCCGGCGACGCUCAAGCAUUCGACGGUGGCCCCGAGCCCGCCACUCAGCGAGAGCCGUCUGCAACCUUGUCUAGCCCAGGCGCUACCACCGCUGCAGCGACGGUGACAGCCAUUGCCUGUGAAGACGCGGUUGUCGCCCAGCAUGUGCAAGCGACGCGACGGGUGCUGCUCGAUGCCGCCCUUGUGCGCAUCUUCAAGAGCCGCCGUGUCGUGCUCUUCGAGGACUUGUUUCAGACCGUCACGGCGCACCUCUCACGCCAGUUCAUGCCCUCGCGACGUGAUGUCAAGGCGCAGCUGGAGGGGCUCAUCGAUCGCGAUUACGUGAAGCGCAGCCCCGACAACCCGAACACGUUUGUGUACCUUUCCUAA